UUUCUUCAACAACUCACUCUUAACGAAAACACAAAGUUAGAAAGUAACCAUGAAAAGGAAUAAUAAGAGAAACAAGGCCUGCUACCUAUUCGCUCUUUAUACGCUACCCAUAUACGCUAUAUUGCUACACGCCGCGGCCCCUUACCUUUCUCUCGCCUCGCGUCUUGCACUGUGUAGCAUUAGUGUGCACUUGAAGGUUUGGUUCUUAGACCAUUCGAUUGGCUGUGUUUAUAUCCUGUAGCAUAUCACCUGACUAAACAUUCUGUGUAGCAUGUAGCACUGCCCAUGGAGGAAGGAACACCGGUUCUGUCUUCUUCGGUCUCAUUUCUGGCUGGGUAUGUCACUAAACGAUCAAGACUUUGCAGCAGACAUUUUGAUAAAGAUGACAUAGACAUGUAUGGAAAUGUUAAGUGUGACCCGAAAUACUUUGAAUGGAAUAAUUGGGACAGCCAACCAAAAAAAAGAACCACAUGUGCGCUGCAGAAACAGGACCAGGGACUCCAUGACACAUCAGGCACGCGUACGUCAGGCGACCAUGAAGUAGCCCCAUGUCUGGAUCACGAUUUACAAUUCCAAGAGAAAGUUAGUACUUCGUCAAGAAUUACCAGACCCGACAUGCCUGACAUUGGAUCAAUGGAGCCCCUUUGCUGUAUCGAGAUUCCACAACCCAUGGAUCAUGACUACCUCCACACCUCAUUGCCAACUAUGAUUGACAGAUGCGUGCAGACGGUUAUGACGAUGGAGGACCUAGAUGAGCUUGAACAUCAAGCCAAGUCUAUACAUGAACAUCAACCGCUCCCAGGGCAAGAUGUUGUAGACUGUGCAACUGAGUCUGAUGAGAGGGUCAACUUUUACACUGGAUUGACGUCCAAAAGCCUUCUUCAAGGUGUUUAUGACUCAAUAAGUGGUGGUGUUAAUCGCCUGCGGUAUUGGAGGAGUACCAGUACGAAGAUGGGGACACCAGACAAUGAACAAGGUUGGAAACGACGCCCGGGCAGACAACACCAGCUUCCACCGUUUGUCCAGUUUGUCAUGACCCUCAUUAGAUUGCGGCUCAACUUACCACUUCUCCUUCUGGCUGACCUGUUCCAUAUUUGCGGUCAGGAAAUGUAUCAGACAAGUACUUGACUGAGCAGAGUGGACUGAUUGAAAAACUCAGUGACGGUGAUGCAGUCAUGGCUGAUCGAGGCUUCCACAUAGAGGACUCGCUUCUGAAAGUAAAUGCAACACUCAUAGCACCACCAUUCACUAGAAGAUGGCAUAAUGGAAAAGGAAAGAGACUUAAUGUGAAGGAGAUCAGACGAACAAGACAAAUUUCCCGUCUUCGGAUUCAUGUACAGAGAGCAAUUCAACGCCUCAAAUGCUGGCGGAUCCUGAAGCACCAAAUCCCAGAAUCCCUACAAUACACUGCUUCUAUGAUAGUUAAACUUGUUGCAGCAUUCUGUAAUUUGACGGGACCAUUGUUCUAUUCUAAAAAUGAGAAAUAUCCAAAAAAAAAAGUAAGUCUGAAAAAGCCAGUGAAGCGUUUGACCUACUGAUAUAUAUUUUGUAGCCUGUUCAAUGAAAUGAACGUCAAGCUCAGUUUGACCAAAGGCAGUCAGUAAUGUGACCAUCACCACGUCAUGAACAUAAUAGAUUAUAAAUGAAUAUUCUAGGAAGGAUAUGCAUCACCAUAUGAUGCAUGUCUGUUCAGUGAAGAAUAUCAUGAAAAAACCUAGGAUGUGAUCCUAUUUUACAUAUCAGUUUGGAAAGAGGAGAAAAAUGAGACUGCGCAUAAGUAAAAAAUGAGUCUUAGGAAUAAUUGUUUAGAUUUAUUCAGAUUUUUGGGGUCGUAUCUGUUAAUUCAUUGGGCACUUUUCAACAAGGUUAAUUAUUUGAAUUAGGUUGUUCAAACGAUUAUUCAAGAACUU